UGCUGCUACCGUUCAGUAAAGGAUCUGGGAGGUCGUCUGGGCUUAUUAAAACCGAACUGAAGUGAAAUUGAUCAGAAAGCAGCAGGAUGAACAGCGCAGCUGUGUACCCCCCCCUCUCCGCCCCCCCGGCCAACAUGUUCAACAGCGUGCCUGGUUAUGAGGAUACUGUGGCAGGAGGAGGUGGUUAUCUGCCCCCUCCCAUGCCUGUGCAGCCUUCAGCUCCUCCACAACCUGGCCUUGUACCUGACUGGAGCAUCCCAUCACUGCCGGAGGAUUUGGCUCGUGGGGCGUUCAAGGAGUUUGCGGGAUCUCAUUGCUGCUACAGUGCAGGUCCAGCCAAUGAUGGAGUCAUCACCAGCAUGGAGCCGUUCAACACCUUUAGGUACCGAUUGGAGACAUUCACUGAGUCCAGGUCAACUGAAUGGGCCCACAAACCUUAUGAAGGUGAGCCGGCUGACUUCUACACCCAGACUGCACCCCGGCCUUGGGAGGUCCCGGCCACGGCCCCCAGCCUCUUCACCGAUCACAAGCAGGAGAUUCGGGUCCCCUACACUUCAUCCAUCAAGGACUGCCAAGACUGCCACAGCACAGGGGAGAUUCCAUGUGAAGAUUGCCAUGGAAAUGGAUACAAACAGUGCAGCUGGUGUAAUGGCUCUGGGACAAAUAAUGAUGAAAACUGCACUCACUGUAACGGUACCGGCAGAGACAGGUGCUCAGACUGUGAUUCUCAAGGGGUGAAGAAGUGCACAACCUGUAAAGGAAAACGUCAGCUGCUGACGUUCAUCCAGCUCAAAGUGGAGUGGACUAACCAUGUAGAGGACCACGUGGUGGAGCAGAACUCUGGUCUGAAGGUUGACGAUCUUCGCUCCGUCAGCGGAAAGGAGCUGUUCAAGAACAACCAGUUUCUGCUCUACCCAGUGCUCGGAUUCCCAAACCCGGCCAUCGCUGAGGCCUCCGAGCGUAUGAUCAGAGACCACCAAAGCAAGUACUCCCAGACCUCCAGGAUCCUGCAGCAGAGGCAGCUGGUUGAGUUGAUCCCCAUCACUAAGGUGAACUACAAGUGGAAAGGCGACAGUCACGUCUACUUUGUCUACGGCAACGAGCACCAAGUCAGCGCUGACAACUACCCAGCAACCUGCUGCUGUGUCAUCCUGUAGACACACACACACACACACACACACACACACACAUACACACACACUCACACUCACUCACUCACUCACUCACUCACUCAUUACUGUCUAUCUUUCAUAUUAGCCUCUUUGUCCUGGACAAAUUUUAACCAAUCACUGUACAGAUCUUCUAAGAUCUAAAUUCUAAUUCUAAUUCUAAGUCUAGGUCUAACAUGUUAAUCCAGGGGUGUCAGAUUUUUCUGUCGGGUCCAAGUAUUGCAGAUUAAGAUACAUACACAUGCACAUUGACACACACACACACACACACACACAUUGUUUACUGUGGCCACCUGUAAAGUAAAAGGCAAAGCUGAAACUAAAGUAGUAAAAGGGAGAGUAACAUGUGACUUUCUCCUUGUUGGCAUCAAAGGUAAAACCACAGCAGCCUUUUCUGACAUUUUGUCCACAUUUCAAUUAGAAUUAUUUGUAUUAAUUAGUUGUUCACAUUCACAGUGAACUUCCAACAGUGUAUUAUAAAGACGCAUAGUCUGAAUUGUAGACUGUCCCCGCUAACAUCAGUGCUCCUCACUAAAAAACAAAAAGAUCCUGCAGCAACUGGAUUUAUCUUUUUGUUUUUGUACUUCCUGAACUUUCUGCCUAGUUCUGACUCUCAGCCUCUACCUCGUGUUAGGACGUUUGCAGUACAUUUUGUCUUGUCUUUAAUCUUUGACAGACCUGAAUUGUUGAUAUCGAAAAUUAAGAUUUUUUAUCAAUAGUAUAGAAGAAAGAUCUUCUGGUUAAAUCUGCCUCCUCAGAGUCCAUUAUCGUCUCUGUGUGGACACCUGUGUUGAUCAUCAUGUCUCUGAUGCCAUGAUCACUUACCAAAGAUAUUUUUCUUGUUAAAAAGCAUUUCUGCUGAACAGUUAACCUCAAACACGUGCCAAUAUGUGCCAUUUAAUAUCCUCAGUAUUGAGUGGAAAUCUAGUUUAUGUCCAAAAUGCUGCUGUUUCAAGAACAAGUAGAAGGUUUAAGGAAAAGAACAAAUAGAUGAAAUGUGAGAAAUGACAGGUGAAAUCUAAGUAAAACAUAAGAAAUAAUAAGGAAAAAAAUAGAUGUAUGAAGUUUUAAUCUGAUAGGGAUAGAUAUAUAUUAGGAGCUAUAUAAAUCUUUUUAUUAUUAUAUGAGCAGGCGAACUCCACAGUGACUCAUGUCAUAAAAUAACAAUAGAAACUGUUCAUCUGGUUUCUACUUGUGUCUUUCUUCUGUGGUUUAAAGGUAGAAACCACUUGAGUUUGUUUAAACUGUGGAGAUCACCAAAAAUCAUACCAGAAACAAAGACUGAUACUUUUUGAUUUGUAAAGCCUGCCAGCGUUGAAGCAAAAUUCAUUUGCAUGUCUGUGAAAAUAUUUUAAUCCUCAAAGCUUGAUGACAUAUUAACUGCUCACGCGGCUAGUUGGUGAACUUCUGUAAGCGGUGAGCUAACUUUUAACUAGCUCAGUUUGUGCCAUUCAUGUCUUAGCACAUUACAGAGGUAACCAUUUGUGUCUCUGAGAGAUAAUUAACUGAGGAUUUCUGACACACUCACCGCUGUUCUGACAGUAUUUUCAGAAACACAGAAGACUCUUCUGAACACCUGGAUGGAAAAAAUGUUAUCUCUGCUGCAUAAAAAAAGAUUUCAUUUAAAAGGACUAUUUAACUGUUUCCCAAGUUGCGAAUGAGCAGAAGAUAGCAGGCUGCUGUCUUUGUUUUGAUUCAGAAGCAGGUGCACAAACUUGAGGAAAGUCUUUUUGUCAUGCAGCAUACUGAAUAUUUUCUGGAAAUACCUUCAGAACAACACUAACAGUAAUUGCUAUUGCUCAGUAGCAAAGAUUGGUUUGUCAUCUUUCCAUGUUUACAUGUUUACAGUUUAGUAAAAGCCUUACUUAGCCUAGGCUAAAUGACAUUAUCACAUUAUAUCCGUAGUUUGCAGCAUAGAAAUAGGUCUAUAUAAAUAAUAUACCUGAUGUUCUCACAGCUGUUUAAUAUCCAUGUUAGUUCUUGUUUACGCUCUGAAGACUUUUUUUUAAUACCAGUGUAAAACAUUUCAGCAGUCGGCUUAAUUUUCUGAUGUUAACGCAUGCUUGAAUUCUCUGAACACAGUAUUAGUUUGACUUUGGCGUCAUCAUUAGACUUAAAUGGUGCUGAGUGGAAUGUCUAAAUGUCUAGCUGUUUAAAUGCCUUAAAACCAUUCUGUGACAAACAAAUAUCUCUGCUACUACUAACCUGAUGUACCUGAUGUUAUUACUCCGUUUGUAUUAGUAGAGUAUCAGUUAUAUGUAAUUGUUGAAUAUAAACUGCCUCUCACCUGCUUCUGACAGUUGUGCUCUAAGGUUGAUGAAUGCUGUAAAAUGUUAUCUGACAAAUAAUGGAUAAAGGAAUAAAGUAAUCUGAAUUGCUGACAAAAUAAGAUAAGAGAGAGUUCACCUCAAAAUGAACUUUAUCAGGAAGCUGGAAAAAAAAUGAAAGAGGAUAUUUUCCAAUAAUAAACUGACAAUGAAUGUGGAAGUACAGAGAGUCACAGAGCUCGAAGCAGCUCAGUCACUUAAUACCAAACAUCAAGUAACUGUGAGAGGUUUGGGAUCUAAAAUUUUAUGAUCUCAUCCAAAAACUCAUGUUUUUACUUACUUAUCUCAGGUUGACACCCAGGAUUCUUUACUUCACCAUGUUGGUAAAUGCAGUUUCACAACAGAAGGUAUUCAUUUUAGGUUGAGUAAGGGCUGACGUGAAGAACCAGCUCCUACAGUUACUGUUGCAGUAUGGGUUGUGUGUAGCAGGAGUUUCUUGUAAUGUGCUUUGUUGCCACAAAUUAAAAUAUAUUCAUGACUAGUGAAAACAAGUAAAAAGUUUCCUCCAACACCUUUGCCUCAGAAACGGAUCAGAAACUGAAUCGUCUUUUACAAGAGCAGUGUUCAACAUAAGGAGAAGCUCAAAGUAAAGAGUAUGUGACACAAAUCAGCUAUACGGAAGUGGGGUUUCUGUUCUGCUUUAAUGGAAGUAUUUCAUGUUUCAGGCUUAAUUUUACCCAACAAGAUUAUUUUUAAGUGCUUUUCAUCUUUAGAAAGUCAUUUUCCAAAAACAGGUGUUUGAAACCAUAAUUAGGGCGAAUAUACCUCAACAGUCCUU